AAAACACAAUUGAUAAUAAAUGCCACAUUUGGAGAGUUGGUUACACGGACGUGAUCGUGUGUUUUCCAUGAUCUGAAAACCUUUCAAUCUCGGAUUACCGUUCUGGUUUCCACCGAAUUAUCACGUUACCUCCGAAUAACCUAUUGACAAAUAUGGCUUAUCGUAGACGACAGGGACUUUCUAGGUCUUCUACGUUCAAUGAAGGUAUUCGAUGUCUCCCCGAAAAGGAUGACGAUAAGGCGGCCACCACGUCUUCAGCCGCUCUGCCGCACAUAUCCUCCGAUUCUAGGCUUAACAGCUUUCGCUCCGGUGGUGCCUUUCAUUCGUCUUUUAAAUACCGAUCCAAGGGUUCUGUUACAUCUGAUUUUGCUUCCGUGAAGAGUUCGAACGAACGAGGGGGAUUUUGGGGCGUUUUGGCAAGAAAAGCUAAAGCCAUUCUCGAAGAUGAUAUUCCUCAACAAUCAAAUGCUCCUGGCAGUGUAAAGCAAGAACCGAUUAGUUUCUCAACAAGCAACCAGAAGCGUGCUGGCAUUCAGAUUCAGAAUCAAAAUAAAUCCUUUGAGGAUUUAAAGAAAAUGGACAGUCCCGCGAUAAGGAUAGGAUCGGACAGGAUGACACCCUCGCUUAAUCAAAUUGGUUACACCAUUGGCAAUUCUCUGGAGAUGAGAAAACCAGAAUUGAAGAAUGAGGAAAAGAAUCAGGAUCCUAAAGUGCAAUCUACUCAACCACAGAAGGACCAAGAAACUCUACUUCAGGCUUCUCGCGACGUGGCGAUUGCAACAGCUGCUAAGGUGAAACAACUUUUGCGGGAGCUGAAAACCGUGAAGGCAGAAUUAGCAUCCGCAAAAGAAAGGUGUUGUCGGCUAGAAGAAGAAAAUAAAUUGCUUCUAGGUGCUCGUGAAAAAGGAGACCACCCUGCAGAUGAUGACAUGAUUCGGGUUCAGCUAGAGACACUAUUGGCUGAAAAGGGGCGUUUGGCACAUGAGAAUUCAGCGCAUGCACUUGAGAACAGGUACUUGAGGGAAAUAGUUGAUUUCCACCAGCUAACCAUGCAAGAUUUGAUGUAUGCGGAUGAAGAGGGCGUUAUAGAGGUCAUACUACCCGCAACACCAGAAGCCUACCAAAAUAUGGUGGCAGGCCCAUUCUUUGAUGCUAGCAGGUAUGCUGAUGAUGAUGAAGAAUAACAUAACGCAUCUUCAUGGUUUCUUUUUGCGUCUUCUUCGUCUUAAAUCUUGAGUGAAAGUUGGUUACUAAUUACCACCAUAAGAGGCCACAUUUAGCACUUACUAAAACACCAUUGUGAAAGGUUGUUAAUCAUCAUCAUCACUUUUUCAAGUGUAUAGCUGCUGGUGGAUACCAUUGAUACAACUUACAUUUGGUGGUUGUAACACAUUACAAGUAUAUGUAUGACCUUGCAGCAUGUAGCAUCAAACGACCAAAUAUAAUAACACGCAUUGAUGAUUUUUGAAAA